CUCCGUUUGCGGCAUUCGCGACAGCAUUCACUUUCGACCGACCGAAAAACCAUUCCUCAAGCCCGCAAGUGUGUCCCACUGUGGAAAAGGAUUAAUCCGUCAGCUGCCGCCAGCAUUUGCACCAUGCAGUCCAACAUUCGAUAUUUGGUUAACGUUGCCGUCAAGGGCAAUGCAAGCCUCCGAAACCAUGGCGCAGUCCUGGGAGCUAUGUAUGGACGGUUCUACUCGACGACACAUGAUGCCGACCUGGUGGUGAUCGGUUCGGGCCCGGGCGGAUAUGUUGCAGCGAUCAAAGCAGCCCAGCUUGGAAUGAAGACCGUGUGCAUCGAAAAGAAUGACACUCUCGGCGGAACCUGCCUGAACGUGGGCUGCAUUCCAUCGAAAGCCCUGCUGAACAACUCACACUACUACCAUAUGGCCCACUCGGGUGAUCUGGCCUCCCGAGGCAUUCUGGUGGAGAAUGUGCGCCUGGACCUGGAAGCCCUGAUGGGUCAGAAAUCGAAGGCGGUCAAAGCACUCACCGGCGGAAUCGCGCAGCUGUUCAAGAAGAACAAGGUGACACACAUCAAUGGAUUCGGUACGAUCACCGGACCGAACUCGGUCGUCGCGAAAAAGGCGGACGGUAGCGAGGAGACGGUCAACACGAAGAACAUUCUCAUCGCCACCGGCUCGGAGGUGACACCGUUCCCGGGCAUCGAGGUCGACGAGGAAACGAUCGUGUCGUCCACUGGUGCGUUGAAGCUGAAGGAAGUGCCUCGCCGUCUCGGUUUGAUCGGAGCCGGCGUGAUCGGACUGGAGCUCGGUUCGGUCUGGGGACGGCUCGGUGCCGAGGUGAUUGCCAUCGAGUUCCUCAGCACGAUCGGUGGUGUCGGUAUCGAUCAGGAGGUGUCCAAGAAUUUCCAGAAGAUUCUCACCAAGCAGGGAAUGAAGUUUAUGCUCGGCACGAAGGUUAUUAGCGCGUCAAAGAGCGGCAGCGGUGUUACGGUGACCGUGGAGAGCGUAAAGGAUGGUUCGCAGCAAAACCUGGAGUUUGAUGUGCUGCUCGUCUGCGUCGGACGUCGUCCGUACACGGAGGGACUCGGCCUGGAGAACGUUGGUAUCGUGAAGGACGAUCGGGGUCGCAUUCCGGUCAACGGCCAGUUCCAGACGAUCGUACCGAGCGUGCACGCCAUCGGUGAUUGCAUCCAUGGACCGAUGUUGGCACACAAGGCGGAAGAUGAGGGCAUUGUGUGCGUCGAGGGUAUGCUCGGUGGACACGUGCAUAUCGAUUACAACUGCGUGCCGAGUGUGGUUUACACGCAUCCCGAGGUGGCCUGGGUUGGCAAGAACGAAGAGGAACUGAAGGCGGAAGGUGUUGCGUACAAUGUAGGCAAGUUCCCGUUCGCGGCAAACUCGCGUGCCAAGACCAACAAUGAAACCGAUGGUUUCGUGAAGGUGCUGGCGGACAAGCAGACCGACCGCGUGCUCGGCGUACAUAUCAUUGGACCGGCCGCCGGUGAACUGAUUAAUGAAUCUGUCCUCGCCAUGGAGUACGGUGCUUCGGCGGAGGAUGUUGCCCGCGUUUGCCACGCCCAUCCAACCUGCGCAGAGGCUCUCCGGGAGGCGCAUACGGCCGCCAGCUUUGGCAAGCCGAUUAACUUUUAAUUUGUAAAAAAAAUUAUACAAACCUUAAAUCAAAACUCCCUGCCCCAACUGAUGAAGUAAAAAAUAAUGUGUAAUGGCAACACACACUAAAGCUAAAAACCUACUCCUGGUCGCUCUGUGCAUCACUGAUCUAAAAGAUGGGCUGGCUAUAAGCCAGUAUGAACGACGAACCCGUCGUGGAAGUUUAUUUUCCUACGACGUCAGAUGUGAGAAUCCCGGGCGCAUGCAGCAA